AUCGCGAUGACUGUGUUUACUGAGACAAUAGUGGCCAAAUGAAAGCAGUGAUAAGGUGAAGUAGAUUUCGAGAGGAUAAAUUGCCCGGGCAAAAUGGACCGUGAACUAGUUCAGGAAGAUAGACUCAUUUUCAUCAAGAUGCAGAAGAACGAGUUUUCCAUUCUACUAGUAGUAGAAAAACUGUACCACUAGUUACAUGCCGUCGAUAAAUAAUGGAAAAUAUUAACAAAGGGAAGUCUGCUGGUGAGGUCAUAUCUUUGGAGACCCUUGAUAAUCCACCUUCAGAACAUGGUAUAAUUGCUUCAUCAGUCACCAUGAGAGAAGAGUCCAUUGUGACUUCACAAGAUAGCGAACAAAAUACUAUGAUUUUGUGUCCAAUCAGUGACACUGCAAAUGGGCUCCAAACUUCUUCUCAUCACCAUAUUUCAACAGAUGCCACCCUUACAUAUGCUGCUUUAGAUGCAGGAGGAAAUCUGGUUCUACAGCCUUUGAAACCUGAGCACCAAAGACAAGUUUCCCAUUCCACUAGUGUCAUACCUGAAGGAAAUUCUGCUCAUGAGCAUGGUGGUAGUAAAGAUGCUGCCAAUUGCCAAGCAAACAGUGGGCCACAACUGGUGGUAGUUGGAGAAGGAGUUGGUGAUACAAAGGCCUAUAUUUACAUUCAAGGAGAGGAGCAGGUUGAAGAUAAACAUAAUGAAAUAGAUGGUGAAAAUGCCCACACAAUCACUCUCAAUUCAGCUGAUGGAUCAACCUUACAGACACUCCCAGCUUCUUACACACAGCAUUUAGAACACACCUAUGGCGAUAUUGUUCUUGUUAACAGUAAUAAUGAUGGUGCUAACGAAAGUGUUGGUAGAGUCAAUAGCAACAUUUCAGAUGUUCCUUCUAGUGAUUCUAGUCAUCCCAGUGAUUCUCUUUUGCUCUUUUCAGUCCAGCCAAUUAAAUUAGAAAAUCAGAAUACUUCAACAACACUGACACUUUCCUCUUCAUCUCAACCUAGUACACAACAAAAAGACAGUAAGUCCAGAGAUAGCAUGCUUCUUGAAAAUGUUUUGGAUGCCAACAGAAAUCAACAAGAAUCUGUUUGCCUUGAAGAAAGGCUACCAGAGGAAGAGACACCCACCAUAGAAGAAAGAUUAGCUACAAGAGACUCCUUGCUUCCACCAAAGAGACGCAGACGCUUUAAAUCAUAUGUGUGCCCAAUCUGCCAAGUUACAUUCAAGUCAAAUUAUCAGUUUAACAUUCAUCAGUCCACACAUAAAGGACACAAUAUGUGGCAAUGUGAUAUAUGUAAGUAUUCAUGUGACACAGCAACUGACCUCAAGCAACAUAAGAUAUCUGUGCACCAGGAUGCUCGUCCAUAUAAAUGUCUGCACUGUGAACUAAGAUUCCCCAAGGGUCCAAUGUUGGAAGAUCAUAUACGCUCAGUUCAUAAUAAAGAGAGACCCUAUUCUUGUACUUAUUGUAACAAAGGGUUUUACCGACCUCACGAUCUUAAAAUGCAUCUCAAUUUACAUUUAGGAAUUAAGUGUAAUGUAUGUUAUGUUUGUGGUCGUCAGUUCAGUCAUCCAUCGAAUCUUAUUCGCCAUCAUCGUUUGCAUACUGGUAUUAAACCUUAUGUCUGUCCAACAUGUGGGAAGCGAUUUACACAACUGAUAUUAUUGCAUAAACAUCGCACUACUCAUCUUCCUGGAGCUGGGGUAUGUCCUCAGUGCCCAUCAACAUUCCGUAGUGCAGCAGGAUUAAAAAAACACUAUAGAUUUGAACACAAAAAAACCAUGACCCUUCAUGAGGCAACUGUUAUCCUCAGGGGCUAUGGAUCAACAGUUGGCCGUAGGUAUUACUGUCAGGUGUGUGGUGAUAAGUUCUUACUGAAAUCAGAUUUGAAAAAGCAUGAGCAAAAAGAACACAGUAGUGGUGCAGAGUUGCAUUGCCCUUCAUGCAACAAAAUGUUCACUGCAGAAACUGUUAAAUUUCACAUCUGUCUUAGUACUGAAGAAGAAGAGAGGAUGAAUGAAUUUUCUGCAGAUGAUCCUCCAGUUCCAACAGCAAGUACAUCAGCUCCUCACUGUAAAUCCCAAACUGAGAAUCAGGGAAAGAAUUCUAAAGAUGUGAAAGUUGAAGAAGAGGAGUACCUUGUGAUGUACAUAACACCAGAAGGAGAGAGUGUAUCUUAUGUAAUGAAAAAAGGAGAUGAGGGAUCUUUGGAUAAAGUGUUACAGAUUAAUGCACCAGUUGCAGACCCUAUAGAGGACAGCUUGCAGAGACCAGCACUCCCAGAAGAAACAAUAAUGAUUAAUGUGCAGGACCGACCUAUGCUUAGCCAUCAGCAAGAGGAGGCUUCCCUAAUAACUAUUGCUUCCCAAAUGAAUGAAGAAACUUCCCUGAAUCCUCCAGAUACUAUAGACCAUCAAGAUAGUGUGUUACCUAAUCCCAGCCAAUCUGAUACAAAGCCUGUCACACUUCAGAAUAUCAAAUUAGAACCCCAGUCCUCUAUUAAUGAUGUAGAUAUUUCUCAAGUUACAGUCAGUGAUAAUGCACUGUUGCCUCUUUUAACAUUAAAUGACAAUGUGCCUACAUCCAAAAUAAUUAGGAAAUCAGGUUUGCGUUCCAUAGCAAUGAAGAGAAGCACAAAGGAAGGAGCUCUGAAGAAUGAAAAUGCCGUGGAAGUAAAAAAGGAAAAGCAAGAAGAGUCUGUGCUUCCUCUGACAUGCAAAGAUUGUGGGAAAACCUUUAAGAAACGCUGGAACUACCAACAGCAUAUAGCUACACAUGAUGCAUCCCUACGUCGUUACAAAUGUGACACCUGUGAAAUGACUUUUGCUUACAGAUCCACAUACACAACGCAUGUGAAAAGACACAGUGGUGGGCAACAGGUUCAUGUGUGCCCUUACUGUCAGAAGACUUACAGAUGUAAAAUGAGUCUCAAGAAACAUCAUGGUAGAGAACAUAUGCAUUUACGACCCUAUCAAUGUGAACUGUGCCAUAAGGAUUUUUACAGUAAAGGAGAUUACAAGUGUCACAUGAGGGUACAUAACAAAGAGCAUCCUUACAUUUGUUUUGCUUGUGGACGAGACUUUGCUCACCUUUCCCAUCUUCACCGACAUGAAAGAAUUCAUACUAAAGAGAGACCGCAUAAAUGUCCGUUCUGCCCAAAGGAGUUCAUUCAGCAUGUUACACUGAGGAUUCACCUUAAGAAACAUGAGAAAGAGCAUGAAGCUUUGCGUGAAAGUACUGGUCCAGAAGGCAAUGUUGAAGUCAGUUUAAACCUUGGUCAUGAUUUGCCUGAGGAUGCCUCACAGAUAACCAACAGUGUUCCAGAAACUAUGGCUGAUACUUCUGGUUCAAGCUUAAUUACCAGUCAUAAUAGUAGAAACUCUAUCAGAGACAACCUUAGUGAUCCAACUAGUUCAGAUGUUAGAUUAGCACAAAAUUUAGUUGGAAGUGUAACAACACCAGAAGGCAUAUCUGUUGAGGGAUUUCCUGCCGGAACAAUAAUUCUGGCACAAAGUGAAAAUGAAGAAACAGGUACCACAUAUCAGUUUACUAGUGAUCCAAGCACAGUAGUAACAGGUAUGGAUGGUGACUGCAUAGCAAUAUUUGUACAAGAAAAUCUGAAUUAAAAUUAAAAUUUUAAUUUAUUUCUCUUUAAUGUCUUCCACAAAAUAUAAAAAUCAGCAUAUGACUUGUUAAACUUAUAAUGUUGAACUGUCAUGUGGAUGUAUUACUCCUACUCUCCUAUUUUUAUGUAACAGUUCAAAGCAGGAAAAGGGUAUCCAGACAGUUUGUCUAUUGGACAUUAUGCCUAUGGACAGUUUACGUACUAGAGAACAACUGUUUCAUAAACUACUGAGGGUUUUCUUAAUCAUUAUCAACUCAGUGUGUACCUACAGCUAGCAAAGAAGUGGUAUAUUUACCUAUUUUCAAUAAGUUCUGUUAAAAUGGUCUGUUAAAAUGGACAAAUAAAAAUAAAUAUAUUUAUUUAUAUAGUACACAA